GCCGUAUUUAACGAAAGGCGUGGCUGAAAGCUUAGGGACUCUUCCAAGUUUUUAUUGAGCGCUCUAUCGCGUACGAUUACCUUUACAUAUAUUUAAUUAGUUUAUUUAAAUCAGAUGGAUUUCAGCGAAGAUAUCUUGAGAAGACGCCUAGUUAAGUAUAAAUUCAGAGACCUUACUAUCGAAGAACUGAUGAAAGUUCAUAAGAUGUAUCCCAGCUUCAAGCCCUCCAUGGAUACCUACACUUUCAGUGAUGGCAGUCAGAAAGAUCUAUUAAACCUUAUUGGCACAAUUCCAGUUAAUUAUCAAGGUCAGAUAUUUAAUAUACCAGUGCGUUUCUGGAUUUUGGAUUCAUACCCAUUUGCACCACCAAUCUGUUUCUUAAAGCCAACUUCCAGUAUGGUGAUCCGGGAAGGGAAACAUGUUGAUGCCCAAGGAAGAAUAUAUUUGCACUAUCUGCAUAGUUGGAAACAUAAAAAUACAGACAUAACUUGUCAUCUGUAUCAGAGACCUUUGAGUAACACAUCUUUAAAAUAUGCUUUGAAUAGGGUAGUAGGUCUUGCCACACAUCUUUUUGCUGCAUCUGCAAUACCUGUUUAA